CUAUUUUUAGGGUGGUUAAAAAUUAGUUGUAAUUGAGAAUAAGAAAUAAGGUAAGAAUAGAAUAAUAAAGAUCGGUGCUUUUGUAAAAACCUCAAGGGAACCUCCAAAUCCCCAACCACCAUUGACGACUCAUUGGAAAAAUGACUCCAGUUUGCCCAUUCGUCAAAGUUGCUCGUCCUGAUGAUGCCUCUUCAAAAAGAAGCAGUGACAACCAUUGUAAGUAUGCUGCUGAACAUGAGAAUGAAGCUAAAAGUGAAUCUUUUGAUUCUGCCACAAUUGAGCCCAAGUGUCCUCUUGGAUAUGAUUCUCGUUCAUUCAAAAUCGGCCCUCUUAGCUGUGUGCUUUGCCAAGCCCUUCUGUUUGAGAGUAGCAAAUGUGUGCCCUGCUCUCACAUAUUCUGCAAGGUGUGCAUCUCACGUUUUAAGGACUGUCCAUUAUGUGGAGCUGAUAUAGAGAAGAUUGAAUUUGAUGAAGAACUUCAGAAGGUUGUUGAUAAGUUUAUUGAUGGUCAUGCCAGAAUAAAGAGGUCGAAUGUCAGUAACGAUUCUGAAGAGGCAGAUAAACCUGUCAUUUAUGAGGAUGUCUCACUAGAGAGAGGUGCUUUUUUGGUUAAACAAGCCAUGAGGGCUUUUCGUGCCCAGAAUGUGGAAAGUGCUAAAUCUAGGCUCUCACUUUGUGCUGUUGAUAUUAGGGAACAAUUGAAGGAAUCUGGUAACAAGCCAGAGUUGUGCUCUCAACUUGGGGCUGUGCUGGGAAUGCUGGGAGAUUGUUGUCGUGCUUUGGGAGAUGCUAAAUCUGCUGUCACCUACUUUGAAGAAAGUGUUGAAUUUUUGUCACAGUUACCGAAUGAGGAUAUGGAGAUUAUACACACUCUUUCUGUUUCGCUUAAUAAAAUAGGAGACUUAAAGUACUAUGAUGGAGAUCUGCAAGCUUCAAGGAAUUAUUAUUUUCGAUCAUUGGAUGUUCGUCGUGACGCCAUGAAAAAUCUCAGUGAUUCUGCAUCCCUGAGCUUAGAUGUAGCAGUUUCUUUAGCAAAGGUGGCAGAUGUUGACAGAGGGCUUGGCGAUGAGGAGGGAGCUAUUGCUGGCUUUCGUGAGGCUAUAAAUAUGUUGGAUUCAUUGAAGAUAGACUCUAGUCAAGUUGCACUUGUACAACGGCACCAAUCAGUGUUGGAGUUUCUCAAUAGUCAGAUUGUUGGAAAACAAGUUGAUGAAACCAAAUAGAAGCCAGUUCUCCUCUGAUGAAUGGUCUGUACAAGGUCUAUAUGUUAUAAAUUGGGCUAGUAUAUGUAUAUACAAGUUUAUGUUUUUAAUGAGACUUAUUAUACUAAGGGAAGAUUUUCUUAGGAGAACCACAUAAAAGCUCGAGAACUUGAAGAUGCUACGCAAUUGACCCACUAUGAUCGAUUGGUUCUCAAUUCUCAUACAUGCUUUGCAUGUACUCAUGUCAAUGUCAAUUAUCUAUCUUGUUGCGCCUUGUAACUGAAAACGUUCUCUAAAUAUCAUCGCUAGUAAAGAAAAUGAUGUUGCUGUACUUAUGACCUUAAUGUUGUAAUACGUUCUUUGGUGAUGAAGUUCUCAUUUGUCCCGUA